GGACAGGAGCCAAUUAAUCCUCUACCAGGUCUUUGGAGACAAGCCCGGUGCGAUGGGGCACGUUUCCAUGAGUGAGCCGGUACACCUGUACAAGACUGGAGGGGAGGAGCCGGUACACCUGUACAAGACUGGAGGGGAGGAGCCGCUACACCUGUGCAAGACUGAAGGGGAGGAGCCGGUACACCUGUACAAGACUGGAGGGGAGGAGCCGCUACACCUGUGCAAGACUGAAGGGGAGGAGCCGGUACACCUGUACAAGACUGGAGGGGAGGAGCCGCUACACCUGUGCAAGACUGAAGGGGAGGAGCCGGUACACCUGUGCAAGACUGAAGGGGAGGAGCCGGUACACCUGUGCAAGACUGAAGGGGAGGAGCCGGCACACCUGUGCAAGACUGAAGGGGAGGAGCCGGUACACCUGUGCAAGACUGAAGGGAGGAGCCGGUACACCUGUGCAAGACUGAAGGGGAGGAGCCGGCACACCUGUGCAAGACUGAAGGGGAGGAGCCGGCACACCUGUGCAAGACUGAAGGGGAGGAGCCGGUACACCUGUGCAAGA